AACUGUGGUGGUCGAUUAUGGAUUCUGCUCGUUGGGAAAGGGUAGAUUUCUGUGGACACGAAGAGUAAUGGCGUGUCAUGGUGACGCAGAUUCCGACGCGCCUUUGUCUUUCGGCUUUUAUGUCUCUCUCUUUCCUUUUCUGCCUGGUUCGUCCUGCGUUAGCAUGGAUACACAGGACCAGUGAAGCGGCUCUUCCUUCCUUUUCCUCUCUCUCCUUCUACUCUUUUGCUUUUUCUGCGUCUCUCUUCUCUCCUUUUUCCUUUAUUCACUGCGACACUAUACAUUAUACGGAAAGAGAAAAGAGGAGCAAAACUUCUUCUCCCCUCUCUCUCGCCUUCCCUUUCCUUCACUCCCUCUCUCCUUGUGCAGGUUUUCCGAUGAACAUGUGAUUCUCUCUCUCUCUCUCUCUCUAUCUCUCUCUCUCUCACACACACACAGUGCUUUUUUCGGUGGUAGUGUUUUUUUGGGGGGCGAUGGGAAGCCUCUACACUGACGAUGAGGAUGAUGGGCGGUGCGGGAGCUACAGCUUUAGCGCAGAUGUCAGCGAGUCGGAGAGCUCGAGUCACGGCGACGUCGACGAUCUCCGCGGGAACGGAGUGGCGAGCAGCUCGAGGACGAGCGUUUCGUAUCCCGGGUGGUCAGUGGUGAUGUCGGGCGCCGAGAAUUCUGGAUCCCCUGCAAUGACGGGGGCUUCGGCGUCGGGUGGGGCGCCGCCUCUUUCGGUGGUUGGUGAUGGGGAUAGCGGGAUGUGGGUGGACGGAAAGGGGGAGAGAACGGAGAUUGAUCCCGCCGAGGUUGAGUUGAUGAAGGAACGAUUCGCGAAGCUUCUCCUCGGGGAGGACAUGUCCGGUGGGGGUAAGGGUGUUUGCACGGCCCUGGCGAUCUCCAACGCCAUCACCAAUCUCUCCGCGACAGUAUUUGGAGAGCUGUGGAGGCUAGAGCCAUUGCCGCAGCAGAAGAAGGCAUUAUGGCGGCGUGAGAUGGAAUGGCUACUGUGUGUCAGUGACUCCAUUGUCGAGCUCAUCCCCUCGUGUCAGGAAUUUCCUGGUGGGAAGACUUUAGAGGUUAUGAUAACACGGCCGCGAUCAGACUUGUACAUUAACCUUCCUGCACUUAGGAAGCUUGACGCGAUGCUCCUUGGCAUACUUGAUAGUUUCCGAGAUACAGAAUUCUGGUAUGUUGAUCGUGGGAUAGUGGUUGAUAAUGUUGGCGAUCCUUGUUGUUCCAAAAGGCGAACUUACCUUCGACAAGAAGAAAAAUGGUGGCUUCCAUGUCCGCAAGUGCCCCCUACUGGUUUAUCUGCUGAUACGAGGAAAAGGUUGCAGCACUCAAAAGACUGCUUAAACCAAAUUCUCAAGGCUUCCAUGGCUAUAAAUAGCAGUGUAUUAGCAGAAAUGGAGAUACCUGAUGUCUACUUUGAGAGUUUGCCAAAGAAUGGAAAGUCUUGCCUCGGGGAUAUAAUCUAUCGGUACAUAAGUGCCGACCAGUUUUCGCCUGACUGCCUUCUUGACUGCUUAGACUUAUCUUCUGAGCAUCAAACUUUGGAAAUUGCCAACAGAAUUGAAGCUGCCAUACAUCUUUGGAGGCGAAAAUUCUGCAAGAAAAAUAUACAAAUGACAAAGGGCUCGAAGUCCCCAUGGGGUGCCAAGGUCAAAGGAUUGGUGGGAGAUGGGGACAAGACCCAUCUUCUUCUGGAACGCGCUGAGACCCUCUUACGCAGUCUUAAGAUACGUUUUCCUGGUUUAUCUCAGACCAUUCUAGACAUGAACAAGAUUCAGUAUAACAAGGAUGUUGGUCAGUCUAUCCUGGAAAGCUACUCAAGGGUUUUAGAAUCCUUGGCUUUUAACAUCAUAGCAAGGAUUGAUGACUUGCUCUUUGUGGACGAUGCUUGCAAGAGCUGUGCAGCAGAUUCUGUGCCUCUUCUGAGCAAGGGGGGUAGAGGUCCUAUUCCUAUACAGAAAAGGAUAUCACCUAGUCCUUUCUCAAUUCAUAACACUCCUUAUGCAUCUCCCUUUGCGACACCAACAUUCUGUUUGUCUCCAUCCUAUGGCAGCCCCAGAAGGUCAGCUGAAUCUCCUAAUAAACGGUCCCAAAAACAGAUGCAGAUUAGAAAACAGAAGCUUGAUACACUGUGGAACGGUAAGAUAGAGAAACUUGUUUCUGCAGAUGUGGAGAAAACGUGGGCUUGCCCUGGGAGUCUGGGAGUGAGAAAAGAUAUGGGCACUGCCCCUGAACGUGACUGAGCAUGCAUGAACACAUCAGGGAUCUGAUGCACAAUCGUAGCUUCUUGUUAUCAUAAGCAGUAGUCGCAUUAUCUGGGUUUGGUAAAAUGAUUUUCCUCGAUAAUGUAUAGCGGUAUAGGGCUCUCUGAUUUUGCCUCCCUGCAGUCUUAAUUGCAUCCUACUCCUUGGGUUUUGGAGAGGUUACUACUAAUUUCCCACCUGCAAGGAUACUGUUUUUACCUGCACGGCUUAUCCAUGAAAUAACGUUGAAACUGAUGCUUGCUGGAAUUUCCUCAUUCUUUUCUCCUCAGGAGAAUGAAGAAGCAGUUAGCUGUUCAUAGUUCACUUGUAUAUAGUAUCUAUCACACAAGGGAUCAUUUCUUUUUGUUACCUAA